AGAAUACAUGAACAUUGACUGCCCACACAUCCUCCAGCAUAGUUGUGGUGUGGAUAAUUGUUUACUUUUAAUUUUUGGGGUAAUGAGAAAAACGCACUAGAUUUUUCCACGCGAACUCUUUCCAUCUCGGUGAACAGAUGGCGACAGCAAACAGCUGUGAAGGACCAAAAUAGGGAAGUAGCUGUGCAGUGCGUACUAGAAAGUUCAUUCGCGAGUCUUGAAGGAAAGUGGCAUGUGGUGUCUUCAAUAAUUUACGCAACGAAUGACAUUAAUCUGCGGGGAAAGAGUAAAUCCAGAUAUCAAACAAUGCUCAGAUGAAUUCACGGGUGGAGGUCUUUAGUUUCGACCUGAUAUCUUCUGGAAAUACAGCAUUAUGUCCCCAAAUAAAAAUGGAGAGAAACGGAGGCUUUCCAGAUGGUUGGACUAUGGCAGUAUAAAUGGGGAAGGACAAUCAGAUCCAUGUCCUACCUGCCAGGGCACAGGACGCAUACCGAGAGGUCAGGAGAAUCAACUCGUGGCAGUCAUUCCUUGCAGCGACCAAAGGCUAAAGCCUCACCACACGAAACUGUAUGUGUGUAUAUCAGUGGGGGUUUGCCUCCUGAUCUGCUCGCUGAUCCUGUUUUUCCUCUUCCCACGGAGUAUGGAUAUGUCACCUGUGGAACUACAGUCAUCUAUGGUCUAUUUCACUCCAGAAACAGUUAAAAUUGUGGUCACGCACGAAAUGAACCUCACCAACCAAAACUUUGUCAGUAUCAAAGCUGAAAAUCUUAGUGUGCAAUCAUUGAUUUUCGAGACUGUGGUUGGCAACACCAAGUACCCCAGUGUCACCAUACUUCCUCCUCGAUCACAAAAAACGAUUAAAGUUAUAGCCGACAUUGUUAUUGAUGACACAGGCCUUAAUAAUUACUGCAAGUCACGUGCCUUUCGGAUUCACACCUUAUUCUUACAUUUGCAAUUAAACAUCAAAGUCUCCUACCUGUCCCAUUCAGAGGAGAUGUCUACAGAUGCCUAUGAGUAUAUUGACUGUGGAGUGAAUUCCACUAUGCCUCAUCACUUCCCUCUGCUUUAAGACUAAACCAUUGCCAAUCUAUGGCCAUGAAUGUUGAUGAAAUACAAAUCUAAGUAGGCUGCUUUAAACAGGAUUGUAGUUUACUACAGUCCGUUUAAAUGGUUUUUGAUUAUAAUGACAGUAGCAUAUGAUACAGUACAAUCACUGGAAUAAUGAAGAUGUGUUGCUAACUUUUCUUGCGCCGUUGAUUUAUUAGUGUUUACAUAAUAUAAACAUGUUUUAAAAUUUGCACAACACGAAUUUGCACAUUAAAUGUUAAUUUUAUUUGUUGAGAAUUCUUGAGCAAAUUAUGCAUCAGAAUUGUUAAACACACAGUUCUGUUUUAAUUAGCAUUAUGAAAGAACAAUAAAGUCUGGUUUCCUGUAAAAUACACCUUAAUAUGUGGAGUUGGUACUGUCCAGUAGUCUGGCCUUCAUCUUCACCAUUGCUGGGAAUACUGCAAGGACUGAAGCAAAUCAAGCACACAUCUUAUGUAAAUGCUGCUUUUUUUUUUUUUUUUUUUUUUGGAUCAUUUCCACCUUAUACAUUUUUUAAAUAAUCACUGUGAAAUUAUACACAUACAAGGGCUGGACAAAAUAAAAUGGUUCUAAAGUCAAAUUGUCUUGAUGUAAAGGUAAAAAAUAUAAAUAGAUAAUAUCUAACCACACGAUCUGUUGAAUCUUACUACUACAUUAUAUAGGAUCAGGUUAAACAAGUUUGCAGUACUCACUGUAUAUCUUUUCAUCUUGGCAUGACACUUGCAACUGCAUUGCUCGUCAGCCUCUGAAGAAAACAUAUGUUUACACUGACUGCAUUAAGAUUCCAUGUAUUUUAUGUGUGUAGUUAAUUUUGUAUUUUGAUCAUUCAAAUUCAGUCACCUCUAAAGCAGUGACUCUUUGUUCUUAAUGGCAUGCAAACAAUGGAGAAUUCUUGAGUGUACUGAUGUUUGACCUGUUAUUAUGAGCAGCUUUACCUAGAGACCCUGCAGGUUUACAGGGUGUCAUAUGUGCUUCAGAAUGCUCUUUCUUUUUACCUUGCUUGUCUUCCUUAAAAAAGAAAUAAAAACCCAUAUUAUUUAGAUGUA